AAGCAUAGAGUGUACAUUUUUACGCUUUUUAGAAAAAGAGCACUUUCUUUGCUUCAUGCACUAUUUUAACAUUUUUAAUCUCAGAAGAAACCUAUGAGGUGAGGUAUUUUGGAAAUGAGCAAAUGGAUGUUCAUAGUGAUUCAGUAAAUUUAAUCAGGUUACCAAUGAAUAAGUAGCAGAGCUAAGCAUCUCUCCUACAUCUGUCUAAUUCUGAGUCAGUGACCUUGCUCUGAUGGUAUACUGUUUCUCUCAUUAGAUAUCACCUGGCAAGUUUCUGCCUAAUUAAGGAGAAGAAGUCUUUGUCUCAUAUUCAUAAUCUUUAACAAUCUUUUCUGUAUUUAGAAAUAAUAUGUGCAUAUUGGUCUAUGGUUUCAUUUUCUCAUAAACCGGUAAUCCAGCUUUUCUGGGUCAAUUUUUCAACUAUUACUAUUAAUGCUCUGAUCUAACCAAACCUCAAGUACAAAAAAAUUUGAAAGAUUAACAUGUGUCUUCUCUUCCUCAUCUGAACACAUGACUUUUGUUUCAUAGAAAAGGUUAAUGAUCCUGCACAGAAAUAUUACAUAAUUUUGAUUGCUUCAUUGGUUUAUUAUUUUCCUCACCUUGCAGUAAUUUUUCUACCAUCAUUCAUACCUGCAUUGGUAAUGCAUUUUUCUGAUUUAAUUUUAGUGUUUGCUUUUAAAAGUUUCAUACUCAUUAUACCACAGUACUGAAUCUGGAAAAUUUAAGAAAAAGAAUAGUUUUAAAUGUGUAAUAUCAAAGAGAAAUUUAAAAGACCAUUAAUUUUUAGAAAUUCUGAGGAGCUAAGGAGAAGUUUUCUUUGUUAUAAUAAUCUGUAACUGCUUUUUCUUUAAAAACUUAUCUAGAUAAUUUUUGCAUGGUUGUGUUCUGAAAUAUUAUAAACUAGGGCUGGUAACUUUAAAAAUAGUUGUAUUACUGUACAUCACUAGUGGGAUAUAGUCUAGGGACAAAAACUCACAGCAGUAAAUCUUAAAUUGUUUCAUAGUCUCAGGAUAAAAUUAUCCAGUUUUUCCAGCAAAUAAAUGGCAUGGAAAAUGGGAAGAGGGAAGCUCACACAAUGAAAGAUCUUGAGAGACAUGCCAACCAAAGGCAAUGUGUGGUGGAUCUUGUUUGGAUUUGUAUUCAAAUGACAACAAUGACUUUGAAAGACCUGGAGGAAUUUGAAUAUAGCUGGAUAUUAAAUAAUGUUAGCUUAAUUUCUUAGGUAUGAUAAUGGGAGUAUACUUAAGGGUUUUUAAAAGUCAUGGACAGUUAGAAAUGCAUAAUGAAGUGUUUGUGGGUAAAAAUUCAGUUUGCCUGGAGUGUAAAAAUGUUAGAAGGUUAAAGAAUUAUGGCAAAACAUUGAUGAUUGUUGACACUAAUGAUGAGUACAUGGGAGUUCAUCAUACUCUUCUUUUAGGGGGAUUGCAAUUUUUCAAAAUAAAAGGUUUUUAAAUGAUGCUGUGAGAAGAGAGUGGAGGUACCAAAAAGAAAAAAAAGAUAUCCUUCCAGACACAGAAUCACCACUGUUUUCACAGAUCCUACCUGUAUUUAGAAAAACUCUCUAGCCUUUCCAUGUUCAGUCACUUUCAUUUUUAGACAUGACAAGUUCUAUCUAAGACAGUCCUGCUCAUUCAUUCUCCUACCAUGUGAAUUUCAAGGUAUUUUUCUAGCCAUAGAAAUGGAUUCGUGUAUAUUCAGCUACCUGGUGGCAUCAAAUUGCCAUAUGCUGUAUAUAUAUAGUUUAUUUAUAAGGUUAAUCUCUCUCUGCAUCAGUUUCUUCAUGUGUAAGGUGAAGAAUUCGCAACAGCCCUAUGUGGCAGGUACUAUUAUGAUCUUCACCUUACAGAUAAGAAAACUAAGGCAGAGAGAGGUUAAAUAAUCUGUCCAAGGUUCACAGCUACUAAUUAUUUCCAUGGUUCAUGACAAGAAAAGUAUAUCAUUCUAAAAGCUUCCUGUUACUCCAAGCAUAUAUAUUUUCUGUUUUGCUGCAUUGCAUAUAUUCUCUCUUCCCAGUCAAGUUGUUACCUAAAUAUUUCCUUUUUGCCCCAAACUCAAAUAGCAUUAUUGAAAGAGUCCCCACUAAUGUCAUUUCUCUUGUUUGGCCUUCAGGCAGCUGUCUGUCCAAUAAGGUCUGACGGUAGUAGAGGUAGUGUUGUAACUUUACAUAGCUGCGUGGUACAUGUAGGCAGAGUUGGGAACGUUGCAUCCAUUUUCAUCCUACGAAGUGUGAGAUGCUUUGAGGACGCGUGGUGGCGCUGCAGGAUAAGAAGGUACGGACCGAACAGCAGCUGCAGCUCCAUUAACUUGCAAAAUUUACCAUCGGAGCCUGAGAGCCCACCAGAAGCGUGGAUGCCAAAGAAAGGCAGACUGGGUCCUCUGAAAAGGACUACUCGCUGGAAUAUUUCCGAGGUAUAAUAUCUGGUGGAAUUACCGCGGUCUCAGACACCAGGGAUUUACAGUUCUGCAGAGCCACCCUCACAGGAGCCUGUACUCAACAAUGGAGCCCAGCGGGAAGCUCAUUUGCAGACAAAGGCAAGUCCUGUUUUCCUUUCUUCUCCUUUUGGUCUUAUCUGUGGCGGGCGCGGCGGAACCUAGGCGCUAUUCCGUGUUGGAGGAAACUGAAGGCAGUUCCUUUGUAACCAAUUUAGCAAAGGACCUGGGGCUGGGGCAGAGGGAACUCUCUAGGCGGGGAGUUAGGGUCGUUUCCAAAGGCAACAAACUACAUUUGGAGCUUGAUCAGGAGACAGGAGAUUUGUUGCUCAGUGAGAAACUGGACCGGGAGGAACUGUGCGGUCACACAGAGCCCUGUGUGCUACGGUUCCAGGUGUUGCUAGAGAGUCCCUUAGAAUUUUUUCAAGCUGAGCUACAAGUGGUAGAUAUAAAUGACCACUCUCCGGUAUUCCUGGACAAAGAAAUGUUGCUGCAAGUAUCAGAGAGCAGUCCUCCUGGGACUACAUUUCCUCUGAAGAACGCUCAAGACGUGGAUGUAGGCCGAAAUAAUAUUGAUAAUUAUAUAAUCAAUCCCAACGCCUAUUUUCGGGUCCUUACCCGGAAACGCAGCGAUGGCAGGAAAUAUCCAGAGCUGGUGCUGGACAAAGCUUUGGAUCGAGAGGAGGAACCUGAGCUCAGGUUAACCCUCACAGCACUGGAUGGUGGCUCUCCACCACGGUCUGGCACCGCCCAGGUCUACAUCGAAGUCGUAGAUGUCAAUGACAACGCUCCUGAAUUUGAGCAGCCUUUCUAUAGGGUGCAGGUCCCAGAAGAUAGUCCCAUAGGAUUCCUGGUUGUCACGGUCUCUGCUACGGAUGUAGACAUAGGCAUCAAUGGAGAAAUUUCCUACUCACUUUUCCAAGCUUCAGAGGAGAUUAGCAACACCUUUGGGAUCAAUCCCUUGACAGGAGAAAUUCAGCUAAAAAAACAACUUGAUUUUGAAGCAAUUCAGUCCUACGAAGUCAACAUCGAGGCAAGAGAUGGUGGAAGCUUUUCGGGAAAAUGCACUGUUCUGAUUCAAGUUACUGACGUGAACGACCAUGCCCCAGAGGUUACCAUGUCUGCAUUUACCAGUCUGAUACCUGAGAACUUGCCAGAGACUGUGGUUGCAGUUUUCAGUGUUUCAGAUCUUGAUUCCGAAGAAAAUGGGAAAAUAAGUUGCUCUAUUCAGGACGAUGUACCUUUCUUCCUGAAAUCUUCUCUGGAAAACUUUUACACCCUACUAACAGAGAGACCUCUGGACAGAGAGAGCAGAGACGAAUACAACAUCACCAUCACAGUGACUGAUUUGGGGACACCCAGGCUGAAAACACAGCUCAACAUGACCGUGCUGGUGUCCGACGUCAACGACAACGCCCCCGCCUUCUCCCAAAGCUCCUACACCCUGUUCGUCCCCGAGAACAACAGCCCCGCCCUGCACAUCGGCAGCGUCAGCGCCACAGACAGAGACUCGGGCUCCAACGCCCAGGUCACCUACUCGCUGCUGCCGCCCCGCGACCCGCACCUGCCGCUCGCCUCGCUGGUCUCCAUCAACGCGGACAACGGGCAGCUGUUCGCCCUGAGGUCGCUGGACUUCGAGGCCCUGCGGGCGUUCGAGUUCCGCGUGGGCGCCGCAGACCGAGGCUCCCCCGCGCUGCGCAGCGAGGCGCUGGUGCGCGUGGCGGUGCUGGACGACAACGACAACCCGCCCUUCGUGCUGUACCCGCCGCAGAACGGCUCGGCGCCCUGCACCGAGCUGCUGCCCAGGGCGGCAGAGGCCGGCUACCUGGUGAGCAAGGUGGUGGCGGUGGACGGCGACUCGGGCCAGAACGCCUGGCUGUCGUUCCAGCUGCUCAAGGCCACGGAGCCCGGGCUGUUCAGCGUGUGGCCGCACAACGGCGAGGUGCGCACCGCCAGGCCGCUGGGCGAGCGCGACGCGGCCAGGCACAGGCUGGUGGUGCUGGUGAGGGACAGUGGCGAGCCCGCGCUGUCUGCCAGCGUCACGCUGCACGUGCUGCUGGUGGACGGCUUCUCGCAGCCCUACCUGCCGCCGCCGGAAGCGGCCCCGGCCCAGGCCCAGGCCGACUCGCUCACCGUCUACCUGGUGGUGGCCUUGGCCGCGGUGUCGUCGCUCUUCCUGUUCUCGGUGCUGCUGUUCGUGGCGGUGCGGCUGUGCAGGAGGGACCGGGCGGCCUCGGGGGGUCGCUGCUCGGUGCCUGAGGGCCGCUUUCCGGGCCACCUGGUGGAUGUCAGCGGCACGGGGACCCUGUCCCAGAGCUACCAGUAUGAGGUGUGUCUGACCGGAGGAUCAGGGACCAGCGAGUUCAAAUUUCUGAAGCCUAUUUUACCCAAUUUCCAGGGGCAUUCCCCUGGGCCAGAAAUGCAAGAAAGCUCUAACUUUACAAAUGACUUUGGUUUCAACAUUCACUUAAAAUAAUCAUUGUUCAUAAUCCACAUUUUAACUUUUAUUAUAAAUUCAAUGUAAUGGUUUUUGUGCCAACUUAUUAUGAAAUUUAAAUUAUAUUAAACUUGCCUGUAGGAUUUCUCAUGUCGCUGUGUUUUAAAAAAUGGUAUCUUAUCUUUUUCUUCUUUACUAUAUAUAUCAACAUGAAUGGUCUUAAACAUCAAAACACUGAUGAGGUCAAUUAGUUGUACAAAUCUUUGUUCUGGAAUAGUUAGAAAUGUAUAAGAUGGGAAAUAGUGGAAAAUUCCACGUAAUCAAUCGUCUUUCAUUGUAGAUUUUCUUAUUCUUAAAUCAUUAGAUAUAUAAAAGCAGUAAUACACGAACAUAGUGAAGUGUAAUGGGGAAAGAGAACUGGUACAAUAAGAAUGUUUGUCUUUCAUAGCACUAAACUUCUUUGGUGAUGUUUUCUCUUAAAAUGUUAUAUAACUGUGCUUCCUUUCAUUAAUAUAUUAGUAUUAAUUUUAGUAUAAUUAUUUUAAGUUGUUUCCACUUAAUUUCAUUGGUGUUAAAAGAGAAAGAAAGUGAUACUGUAUUUAUCUAGCGAGAUGAAGUAGCAUGGUGGUGAAAUCAGCCUUUUCCCUUUGAGAAAUACUGACCAUUUGUGGCAGAAACUGUAGUGGCCAUUCAUAUCCAUUUAUGUUUCCUUUUUGAGUAACAGAUCGCAAGUUUCAUUUAUGGCGUUAGUGUGGUUAGUCAAUAGAAUACAUUUUCCCAGCCUCCUUGGUUUUUACAACAGGAUGUAUUACUGGGUUAUAGUUCAUGAGAUAUGUGAAAUGUAUAAAUGUUUAUUCUAGAAAGUCAUUCAUACCACCAAAAAAAAAAAGAGAGAGAAAGAUAAAUAAUUUUUUAAGAAGAAAAAAAAUAAAGAGAAAAAUAUUAAAAAAAGAAAAAGAAAAAAAUGUUAUAGGACACUUCCAAGAAGACUAUUUAAAGAGAUAUGACUCAUCUCUAGGAAUGAGUCCCCUUUUUCCCCUUAACUCCUCCAUGCUGCCUGGCAUUCGUAUGUUAUGGUUAGCACACACACACACACACACACACACACACACACACACACACACAGCUAUAUCGGACCCUAAUGAUGGAAACAAUGAGCUAAGGCAGUUAGUAUAAAACAAAUUUAAAAGAGACAAGAGUCCCUGAUGACCUUGGAGUCAUUCUAUGUUUGCAUUGCCUACUUUUGAAGAUUUUUUACUUAAAAAAUAAAGAAAAUUGUAUCUUAUUUAAGCCACCAAUUAUUUUAGUUUUUAUGCUUCCUCCAGUGGAAUGUAAUCAUAAUUCUUUAAUAGUACAAUUUUUAAUUAAAAUAUUAUAUUUUCAUUAAAAUGCACAGAUCUUAAAUGUACUAUUUAAUCUAACUGUUCUUUAAGCUUUUAUUUCUUGAUUUCUAAUUUAGUUAAAAGUGGUAUACAGAGUGCUUUACAUUUAUUAUCUCUUAAAUCUUUUACCAAACCCUAAGGGGGUUGGCAUAUUAUCCCAUUUUUUACAUAUGAGAAACUGAAGCUUAUAAAUUUAAGUAACUUGCUCAUAAUUCUGAAGUAAUAAAAGGAAAAAAUUGAAAUAUAAUCUAAGUCUAUCUAAUUCCCCUGUUCUUAACCAAUAUGCCAUAUUGUGAGACAUUAAUUGGAAUAUUGUUUUCUAAGUAAGCAAGUGAAAUUUAUCUAUUAUUCCUACCCCUAUUUCAUGGACUAAACUCUCAUGUGGAAAUGUGACUUUUAAUCUAUAGUUUGUAUUUGUUUCUACAUCAAUGGCCAUACUGCUCUAGACAAAGAAGCCUAGAAUUCCUACAGUGCCCUAAGUAAGCUGGAUCAGACACCACCAAUGACCUUGAUGACGAGUGCAUCAGCCUGGUUAUAUGCCUGUACCUUCUCAAUAUGGCACAUAGAUUACUGCAGAAAUGAAUUUGAAUAGGGAGUAGAGUUAGCUUAUGGUUGCCUUUCUCGAAUUUUUUAUGCUCUUUUUUCAGUCUUUUUCUGAUACACACACAGAGAUACAUUUAUAUAUACAUAUAUGAAACAUGUGUUUUCUUUGGGAAGCUGAAACUUGCUUAUUACAUACAUUUUCAUAAGUCCCUUAUUGAAAUUAAAUACCCUAUAUUCAUUUUAGCUUACCAUUUGUUUGAAAGCUGUUGCUAUUCUAGCAUUAAUUCUCAAUGAAAUAACUGAUUUCAGAAAAAUAAAGGUGGCAAUGUUGUGGAGGAAUUUUUAUCACUUAAUAACUUAGAGAUUCUGGAAAUUUAGUAGGAAUAAACUUGAUGGGCUCCAGUUAUUUUCUGUUAAAACUACCUUUAUGUCAUUG